AUGUCUUGGCUCUUCAAGUCCAACCACCCUAACCCAGAAUCUUCCAAUCAUCACCCCGCCGUCAUCAACUCCUCUCCGCCGCCCUCCACCGCCGUUGAUCACGGCGUCAAAGAAGACCUAUCACUGAUUUUCCGUGGCGUCGCCAACUUCCUCGCUCCACCUCCUACAUCUUCAUCUUCUCCCUCCUCUCCCUCCGGUGAGUCCACCGCACCUUCGAAAACUCUCACCGGAAUCCGGAACGAUCUCGUGGAGAUCGGAGGAAGUUUCAGAACCUCACUCUCACUUCUCUCCCCGAGAAAAGCCGUUACCGGAAUCUCCAAGUUAGCUUCUCAAUUAUUGCAGUCCGAGUCCGAUCAUGAAGAGGUUGACGGUGGCGCUGUGCCUGGAACAACGGAGGAUGUUGUUCGUUUCGUGAAGGAAAUUUCUACUCGGCCGGAGUGUUGGACUGAGUUCCCCUUUCCGCUCCAUAAUGCAGAUUGCAGCCUGUCCAAUUCUCAGAGAGAGCACGCACUAGCUAUAGAACAACUGAUUGUUCAAGCAAGAGAUGUUCUCCUACGGAAACUAGAAGAGAGGAACGAUACACAUGCUGGAGAAUGCGACAAAUCAGGUAUUAUGGAUACACAUCAAGAGGGUAGGGAAGACAGUGGAGCAGAAAGUAUCACAUUAGACCAAAACCAGAUAUUGGCCGAAACUACAAAUGCAAUAAAGGGUUUAGAAAUUGAUGACACGACAAAUAGUGAAAAAUGGCUGACAGAUACAGAUAUUGAUGCUACUUCAUUGACUUCCGGUACAAAGCAUCAACCAGAAGAAGACAUCUCAUUCAGUGACUUGGAAGAAUAUGGAAGUUAUAGCUCUGAUAAUAAAUUAUCAAGCCAGCGGGAGGUUUUCAGAGGUUCAUCACCUGAAGGUUCGAGUGGCUGGGUUCAGCUAAGCGAAAACAAGAGGGGUGGCCGGCAGAAAGCUAUCCAUUUAAAAGGUAAAGAUUCUGAAGAUGAAUCAAAUGACUGGCUCGCCGUUGACGAGUUUCAUUAA